UCUUUCUCUUUCUCUUUCUCUCUCUCUCUGCAUACACUUUCUCUGUCCUCUGUUUUUUUUCUCUCUCUCUAGUUCAUUCACAGGAUCUUGCUUGGUCUUGCUCUCUUUUUUCAAAAAGCAAAAUAAUCAGGUUUCUGAAACUGCACUAACGCGUAUCUUUUUAUCUUUCUCUACAUAUUUCUCUCCUUGUCUUUUUCACUGCUUCUGUGUUUAUCUGUUUCUCUUCUGCACAACACCGACCUCUCAACCUUCCCUUUAAGCCCCUCCUUGAAUUUUGAGCCACCAAGCUUUCCCUUUUCCUUCCCAUUUGGGUUACUUCCAGAACCUUUUCGAUUUUCAUCAUAAUGAUUCUCUAGCCUCUCAUAUCAAUAUCACCUUCACUCCUUUUUCAACUGAUUACCAAACCAUGGAUUCCAAUUCCCGUUACCAAGUUCAGCAACAACACCAACCCAAUUCCGGUUUACUUCGCUUUCGCUCUGCCCCCACUCAAGUUCUCUCCAACUUCAAACAAGGCGAAGCUUCUUCCAUCAACGCCAACCCCUGGGAGGGUUCUGAACCACUUUUAAGAUUCUUCAAUUCCGGCGACACCCUCGAUACGACAUCCCCUACCAUACGAGAAUUCGUAGAUAACAAGGAUUCUAACGAGAAUAAACAACCGAAGGAGUCAACAAUAUCGUCGUCGUCCCCAUCAUUAUCACCUCUGAGUCGCAUGAAUUCCCAGCAAGGUUAUAGUACUUCUGUGUUACCCUCUCGGUACCCGAGGCAUGACUCGACAGUAACUGUUUCUUCAUCUAUGAUGGUGGGUUCUGUGGGAAUGGAUCAGGGUGGCAAAAGCUUUAAUCCCAAUCUUCUCAGGCAGAGUAGCUUCCCUUCUGGCAAUUUCUCUAACAGCAUCUCCUUUCACAACGGGUACGAUGGUAUGAGAGGUGUUGAAAACUUUGGUGGUGUUAACGGCAGUGAUGGUGAGCAUAGAAUAUCUAUGAACAGAAUGAAGAAUCACAUUAGCUUCUCACCAAGGAGUCCUUCUUCUUUGGGAAUUUUAUCACCAACCUCUAAAAUGGGCACGGAGGGUCUUAGGGUAACUAGCCCCGAGGAUGGUAGACAUGGAGGUAGCAAUGGUGACGCUCGAUAUUACGGCCCUGGAUUCCCUUAUACUUCUUGGAAUGAGACGUCGAACCCCAAAAGACAGCGAAAUAGUAAUGAUGAAUUACUUUCUGAAGCUCAGAAUGGAGACCUGGGAAAUCAAGUUCAUUCUCUUUCGUAUCAUUUGAGUUUGCCGAGAGCAUCCUCGGAGAUGUUUGCUAUGGACAACUUGCUUCAGUUUAACGAUUCUGUUCCUUGUAAAAUCAGAGCAAAGAGAGGCUUUGCUACUCAUCCUCGAAGCAUUGCCGAAAGGGUGAGAAGAACUAGGAUCAGUGAACGAAUAAGAAAAUUGCAAGAGCUUGUUCCAAACAUGGAGAAGCAAACCAGCACAGCAGAGAUGUUGGAUUUGGCUGUAGACUACAUAAAAAAUCUUCAGAAUCAAUUCAAGAAUCUGAGCGAAAGACGAGCUAAAUGCAAAUGUAUAAACAUGCAGAAACCAGAAACAGAUAAAAUUGCUUGAGUUUCUUUUGUACAUGUGAUGAAAGGAACUAUGCAAACAUGGACCCGGUAGAAAAUAGCAAAGUGAUGCAGCUGUGACCUCACUCCACCUUUGGAUCCUUGUAGAGAUUCAAGAUAUGGUUAGAAAAUCUGAUGCAAAAGGUUGACACUUACACUCAAAAUAGCAAAACAGGUUGAAAUUAACAGCUGAAAGAUAAAGACAAAAAUAAAGUAAGUUAAAAGGAUAUCAUUUUCUGAGAAGAAAAUCAUUUAAAUUUGGAUUUUUAGGGGUCUAUUCCAUGAAUGAUAGGAGCAAAUAUUAUUAUUAUUUGCAUCAGGCCAAACUUGUUUGUAUUGUAACAAGUCUUGUCGAUUAGAGAGGACAUAAUAUCCAAAAUGAAACUCUUGAAUACCUAGUGCAAUUUGCUUCAGUGGAUGAGCUAAACUUGUUUGGACUGACA